GGAUGAAUUGCCCAAUGCCGAGGUGUUAAAGAUUAAAAUUAUCGAGGAAAGUGAGGCGCGUAAGCAAACUUCUGGAGGUGCAGUAAUUGCAAUGGCGGCUGGUAAUCGCGUAAAUUGUGUAAAGAGACACGUUAAGAAAAACGAGAAAAAUGCUUCUAAAGCCAUUUUUAAAUGUUUUAAGUGCGGUGCACCAGGUCAUAAAGCGAAUGUUUGUAAAGCUAGGAAAGGAGAAAAUUCUAAUCAUCUGAAACAAUCUAACCACGAAGUCAACGAAUCGUAUGCGGUAUGCCAUACGGCAGCAGAGCAAUCAUGGGAUGGAUCUCAUACUCAUCGUGCGAAUCAUACUUGGGUUCUUGACAGCGGGUGUACUGCACAUUUGUGUGGCGACGUUUCGAGUUUUUCGUUUAUUAGCAAAUCAUCUAAAGCCAAAUUGAACCUUGCUAGUCAGGCCUGCGCAGAUGUCAAAGGCAAGGGCAUUGUACAACUUCGAGUAGCUGGUGAUGACGGUGAACGACAAAUAGAAUUUAAGAAUACCUUAUUUGUGCCGGAUUUGCGAACGAAUCUAAUUUCUGUUGCGAAAAUCACCGAUAAGGGGCAGUUAGUGAUGCAAGUGGCAAAACUACCCUUAUCGCAGAUCGAAAGGGCGAUUUGUACUAUUUGCGUGAAAGCAGCGAAUGUGGUGUUGUUGAGGAAAAGUGUUCCGAAUUAUUUAAAUGGCAUUGCCGGCUUGGCCACUUGA